CAGGUUGGGGCGGUUCAUUCGUAGCUUGUUCAGCUAGUGAAGGUGAUGUUCGUUUGAUGACUUGCUUCAGUUGCUUCGCAGUGGCAAAGCGAGAUUCCUGACUUCCGUUGCGGGUGCGCUGUAUUUUGUAUGUGCACUUGUUUAUGUCAGUGAUGAUGAAUGGUCCCUCGUAAACGGCUGCAAAUUUACUGUUGCGAAUACUGUUAUCGUACCACACUGCGUCACCGACUUCAAACGUUGGUAGUGGGUGGUGUGCAUCAAACAUCGACUUCAUAUUGGAAAGAUAAUCCGUAAGGUUUGCAAGGGCUUCUCUGCGAGCAGUCUGUGUGUUCUCUAGUCCAUUGAUGCAAAUUUCCAUUCAUGUUCUUCCUAAGUGGUUGAAGUAUCCGACCGUUAGCACGUUCUACAAGUCCAUUAGUAGAGAGUUUUCGGGAACCGCGUUCGCGCGCCCCAUACGGUCGGUCGGUCGAGCCGGCGCAACUGCGCAUGAGCACAUCCUGUGCAGCGGGACCGGUUCUUGCUGGUCUUAUCCUGCCGGCCGCGCCAUACCAUCGGUGGAGUUCCGAUCGUACGCCUUUUUUCCUUUUCGAUAUCCAUCCCGUCGCCCGCAAUGGCCGCCACCUCGCAAUCUGGAUCUCCGACGCCUGUGCCACGGAAACGUUUUACAACGGCGGACGAUCUGUACCUAUUGCGUGAAGUAGUUUUCCUAAAUCCGUUUGAGAAUGGAGCAUCAUGGACGGACGUCGUGAGAGCUCUGAACCUGGUGACGGGGAAGACAUUCACCGUAAGAGGGGCCCGUGAAAGGACGGCACUGCUUAUGUCGCUCUUCAAAAAACAAGACAGAAUAAACCUGAGAAAGUCGGGCACUGAGGAGCAAUUUGAGGAAAAGGAAAGACUGCUGCAGGAGGUCGUCGACCUACAGAAAGAAUUCGGCGAGCGGCCAAUAGUAAAGCACACCAAGGCUGCAGCUACUGCACAAGCCACACGGACACGAAAUGAAGCGUUGUCAUGCCUCUUGCACCAAAGGCGCGAAGGAGAAUUGUCAGAAGGUGGAACACCAGAGAAGAUCCUUCUGGGGAUAUACAACGACUCUAUGUCUCCCCAAGACGACACACAGUUUUCCUCCAGAGCCCCGCUGGAGCAAGUCACUACCCCAGAGCUGGAGCUUGUGCAGCAGACACCCCCACAGUGCCCAGCUACCACCACUGUGGAAGAUGAUGAACCAAGGCGCAGAGGCAAAGUUUUUUCUGUUUACAUUUUAGAUUUGAGUGCUGUUGGAGUGUUCUUGCAUUUCUUGCAGUUCAGUACUUCGGAGUCACCACACAGUUCAUUCUCCGGCAGCCUGUGCCAUGCACAUGCAUCUUCCUGGACUCAACACCUGCUUGUACUUCUCUGAUUGUCACACUAUUCCAACGACACUGCUUGAGGAAAAAAACGAAACCUCAGCUGAGGAUUUGAUUACCUGGUUGAAAAGAAACGAAGUGAGCUGGAAAUAAGGAGUCGGGAGCUCGACAUAGAAAGCCACAAGCUCCGUCUUGAAGAAGCCAAGCUUCAGCACGACAAAGAAAAGCUGGAGCUGGAACUUGCCAAGUUUGAGCACAAUUCAACAGUUGCAGCUGCACGCCUUGAAAUGGAGAGAGAGGAGAGAAGAGGACAGAUGCGACUUGUAAUGUUACUUGCAGAGAAGUUAAUAAAUCAGUGAACGUUA